UGUCCUAAUCCACACCAGCAGGUGGAGCCGCAGUUAAAGUUUCCGAGUCCAUUCCGGGAGCGGGAGCCCAUCUUGCUCACCGCCGAGGCCCUCGCUGGAGGAGGAGGGUCAGAGCUUGGGUGCAGCCAAUCGCGGGCAACGCUGCUAGUUAUCAGAGCAGAAUGGGCUGUAGUUUAGUGAAAUAGGAAAGCUGCAAAACACUGUGGAGUGCUCCCGUGUAAAUAAAAAGAGGAAAAAAAAGUUUCUCAAGUCGCCGCUGCACGACGUCGGGCAGGCGCUGGGGCGGGGGUCUGCGCUCUCCCGAGCGGCCGCGCGCUGGACUUUAUUGUGCCGCAACAAGCCCCGUUCCCAUUGUUUGUGUUUUUUUCAAAAUAUGGCAAAGGUUCAGGUGAACAAUGUAGUGGUGCUGGAUAACCCUUCUCCUUUCUACAACCCGUUCCAGUUCGAGAUCACCUUCGAGUGCAUCGAGGACCUGUCUGAAGACUUGGAAUGGAAAAUUAUCUAUGUGGGCUCUGCAGAAAGUGAAGAAUACGAUCAAGUUUUAGACUCUGUUUUAGUGGGCCCUGUUCCUGCAGGAAGGCAUAUGUUUGUAUUUCAGGCUGAUGCACCUAAUCCAGGACUCAUUCCAGAUGCAGAUGCAGUAGGUGUAACAGUUGUGCUAAUUACAUGCACCUAUCGGGGUCAAGAAUUUAUUAGAGUUGGCUAUUAUGUAAAUAAUGAAUAUACUGAGACAGAAUUAAGGGAAAAUCCGCCAGUAAAACCAGACUUUUCUAAGCUUCAAAGGAACAUUUUGGCAUCUAAUCCCAGAGUUACAAGAUUCCACAUUAAUUGGGAAGACAACACAGAAAAACUGGAAGAUGCAGAGAGCAGUAAUCCAAAUCUACAAUCACUUCUUUCAACAGAUGCAUUACCUUCAGCAUCAAAGGGAUGGUCCACGUCAGAAAACUCACUAAAUGUCAUGUUAGAAUCCCACAUGGACUGCAUGUGACCAUCUGCCAUCCCUUUAGUACAAAUUAAGCUAUAAAAACAUACAGAACUAUUUCCCUGAAAUUCCGUAAGUACAUAGUCAAGACACAAUGUGAAGAAUUUGUUUAAAAAACAUCCUGUAGAAAGUUUAUAAGAAAACCAGUAUUUGAGCAAAUUGUGGAAUAUAAAUACAACUAUUUUUAAGUAAUUUUUUUCUCUAAUGUGUUAUUUUAUUUGUUCUGAAACUAAUCUGAUUAAAACAUAUAUAUUAUUUUCUUCUCCUCUAUAUGUAAUUAAAGCACUUAUAAAGAAAAAAUAUAAAUCAUUAGACCAGGCUGUAAAGCUUUCUUAGCCUUUUGGACAAUAAUCUUUGGACCACUAUUUUACUGGCCUUCAAGAGAACAAACUUCAAGUAAAAUGUUUCUUCCUGUGAUAGUUUGGUUUAAUGUAAGGGGCAAAUUUCCAUUUUUUUUUUUUGUCAUAUCCUUAAAGAAGGGAUUUGAAGUCAAGUAUAUGCUACCAAGAACUUCAGGACCUGAUUUUCCAGGCCACCUUGAAGCCUCUUAUGGCUGCUAUUACAUGGAAUGUUAGAUAGCAUUCAGUUUGGUUUCUAAGAUGACAACAAAUGUGGUUAAUUGUUUAUAAGGUCCUCUGGCUCUGGUUUUUGUUUUCUAACAGUUUAGGACAUCAGAAUAUUCCUUGAGUGAUGCAUCAUUAUUACCCAUUGAAUUCAACAUGUCAAGAGCAGAUACAAACUCCCUAAGUUUAAGAACAGGAUAUUAUAAUGACUUAGAUGUUUUCAUUAGAUUUAUAGAAAUGCUAUGAAAUUUUCAAAACUGAUUUGAUAGAUCAUCUGUUGUUGGCAGCAUUUAUAUAAAAACAGUGUAUUUGGGAAGGUGUAUUUAGCUUUAUCGUAAGAGAUAAGUCACUAUUUUGGAAAUAUAUAUAUUUUCACACAUGUGGUACUCUUCUCCAUAUCCCUGGACACUCAUGCAGAAUAAGAUAAGGCAUAUUUGUGGUUGACAUAUUCUAGAUAGCCUUUCCAGUUAAGUUUUUUUAAAAGCAAUCUUGGAAAGGAAUCCAUUAAGUGGGCCAAAGGGUUCUUUUUCUUUGAUGAAAGCUAGGUCCUUCCUCAAAGUUUCUUAUGCUCCAUUAAAUUAAGUGUAGAAUAUUCUCAUUACUCUUGCUGCUAAGCAAGACAUUAGCCAUAUGAUGCAGAGUUAUGCAGUGCCUUCAUAUCUAAAACUUUUAUACUGCACUUUUUAAAGCUUUUAUUUUGAGGAAGGGAAAGGGCAUUUGUUUGAAUAUGGAUUCUAAGUUGUAUAUAUUUCCUGUCAUUCUAAAAAAGUGAAUUUGUGAAGCAAAAUUUUGCUAAAUGUUAAAUUUUGAAAUUUAAUAUACCAGGUGAUUAAAAUACUGUCCACUAACUAGUUCAUAGACUUAAAAUACAUCCAACUGUUAAAACUAUAUGAAGAAAAUUUCAUUUUUGUCUAAUUGCAAUUAAACUUAAGAAUAUGUUAAAAUAAUUAAAAUGAAAAUAAAAGUAAAAAUUUCCAACAAAGAGCUCAGUGAUUAAUAUAACAGGAAAAAGAUAUGUGCUUGUUAGAAAUAAAGCAUAUAUAAACCAAAUAACCAAAUGAAGCAAUUUGCUGCUGAGUUUUUAUUCUAAUUAUAAUGAUUGAUUUUGUAUUGACACCAAGGGUUAGGUUUUUACAUCAAUUUGUAAACAGCUAAUUUUCACAGAAGGUUAAGACUUAAAAACUAUGAUCUCUUACUUAAAAUUUUUAUGAUUCUGUAAUACUUAGAAUGCAAACAUUAGGAGCUAAGAAGCUAUAGCAUGUGGGUUUUAUUUUUCCCCUGUUUAGCCUCAUUUAUAGACACUAUCUGAAUUAUACCUAAAAUGUUUGGAACAGUUUCUCUCCUUUUUGAUCACAGUAAAUAGCUCUGUCAUGAGAAUAUACACAGGAACAAAUUACCUAUACCACAGAAGAGAGAGGCAAAUAGAUUGGAGGGAGUGAGGAUAUCAUUUGAGCUGAGAAAACAUUCAGGAAAUCUGAGGAGCAUGCAUGCAUUUGUUCAUUUAUAACCUUCUAUAAACUUCCAUGUGGUCUUAUCCUCUGGUUUAAGAUUUGGGUUUCUGGUUUUACCAAGAAAAUCUAUGGCAGCAGUUUUCAAAACUUUUCACUGUAAUCCAUAGUUAAAAAACAAAGUAUGACCCUGUAAUGCAAGUUUUUAUAGUAGUUUUCAUGACAGUGCACCCUUAUAGUGCAUCUUUAUGUGUGCAAUAUAUUCUGGUACCUUUUAUUGUAUUUCAUUUUUUAAAGUGCUGGUUUUGACUCACUGAACUUGGCAUUUAUGACUCUAAGUGGUUGCAAUACACAGUUUGAAGAAAGGCUAAUCGGGCCCUUUGAGUAGAUGAGAAGUAGCAAUAACUUUCCUAUAGUUCUAAAAUUCAUAUUCCCUAUACCUGUCUCUUCUGUCAUAUUUGGAUUAUGAUCUUUACAUUUAAAAAAAGAGGGAGGGGUGCCUGGGUGGCUUAGUCGGUCAAGCGGCUGACUUAGGCUCAGUUCGUGAUCUCGUGGGUUCCUGAGUUUGAGCCCCGCUUCGGGCUCUGUGCUGACAGCUCAGAGCCUGGAGCCUGCUUCGGAUUCUGUGUCUCCCUGUCUCUCUGCCCCUCCCCCUUUCACUUGUGUGCUCUCUCUCUCUCCCUCUCAAAAAUAAACAAAUAUUAAAAAUAAUAAUAGUAAAAGAGGGAAAAGUGCUAGUGUAGUGUGAAUCAGCAGCCAUUCACUUGAAAACUGUCCAAAUAUUCUGAAAUUACUAGUAGCCUAGCAGAUAGCUUGGACUCAUUUCUUGGUACUCUAUACAAUUAACUUAGGAAAUAUUCCACAUAAUUACUUGGCAAACACUUUUAUUUGUUUGUUAUUGAUAUCAUUUUAUACAGGAUUCUAGAACACCGGGUCAUAGGAAGUUUUAAAUGCACAUAAAGUGUUCUUUAUAUAUUCUUGCUUACUACCCUUUCCAGUAUGCUGCACCUUGUUUAUGCCUCUCAAUUUACAGAUCCCUUCUCAUCAAUGCUUAAUGUACUAAUCAGUUAUAUUUCAAAAUCUGAGAGCCUCUUAGAAUGGGACUCUCAUUAUGUAGGACCAUUAAAACAACUUUUGCUGCUUUAUGAUAAGUUUUAUAGUAUAAUUUCUCCUAAGAAAUUUCAGCACAGACCAUGGACAUUAGGCUUCCCUUAACAGGUAGCAAAUAAUAUUGUAAAAUAUGUGAAACCAAGAGCCUAUAACAGAAGGACAGGAGAGCUAUUUCCUAAAUCAAAACAGUAUAAAAUACAAAAUGGCAUCAAAACAUUUUAAAAAAUUUUUCCUAAAGUUACUUUAUAAUCAAAUCUUGACAUUCUAUCUGAAAAAACUUUUGUAUGUACUUGUUGAAGAAUCAUUAUAACACGAGUGAAGCUCCAUGUUGUAAUGAUGAAAGUAUGCUUUCCACAUAUUAAGACAAAUUUCCUACCUAAGAAUUUUCAGUAGGAUCUACUGUUGCCCAUGAGAUCUAAGAGCACAAAAAUGCCUCAAGCUCUAUGCCACUGAUCUACUUUUGUAAAGUGAGAUUUCUCCCAUUUAUCUCAACGUUGUGUUUUUUUUCCCCCCAAUCAAAUAGGAUCUUUCAAAACUCAGAUGCAAAAAGACAUAUGGGAUGAAUUUUAGGAAAAUAACUUUAAGUGAAGGUGGAGCUUUUAAAAUAUCUUCUCAGAGCUACAGAAGUACUGCUACAUAUUUCCAUUUUGGGCAGUAACUCAAGAAUUAGCUUGAAAUUUAUCCUACUUAAGGUACUUUUUCAUAAGAAAAAACCCACUGUGUUAGCAUCUGUAAUAAGGUUAAACUAAUUGAAAUUGUCAAGUAAAAUACCUGCACUAGUAGAUCCAAUCCCUGUUGUGAGCACAGAUCUCGGUGUAAUCUUUGCUGCAUACUUGAGGAAUUGAGAUUUCCCUGUGCCAGGAUCCCCAACCAAUAAAAGAUGAGAUUCACCUAGAAAAAAGUUAAUAAAGUUUUAAAUUUCUAUGAAAGGACCCAUGAAUAAGUAUAAUUAAUCAAAAGGAAAAUGGUCCACUUGGAAUGCCAUCGUGAUUUGUAUUUUAUGUUUUUGCUGUAUACUUAAGGUCAUUUAAGGAAGGAUUUAACUAGAUAUCCUUAAAAAUUAGGUUAACUAUCAUAAAAUAACAAUCUUUAAGUGAUUUCUGAAUGUGACAUUUAAUAUCUAAAUUAAUAGACUUUGUGCUAUUUCCAGAUGUUUAGGCGUAUGUUUGACAUUUAAGACAUUUUUGGCUUCUAAAGUUGCUGAUUUUAUUUAAUCUAUUUUUAAAUAACAAACUACUCAAUUAAAUCUUUCCAUACAAGCCAUACAGGUAUUUUAUUCCAUUUUUAUUUAAGUAUUUUUAAGUGUUCAAGACUUUAUAAGUGCUUUAUAAGUAUCACUUAUGAUUACAACAGUUAAGUGAAGAUGUUUUCAUUUAAUGAAAAUUUUAAUAACUUAAUAUCUCAAAGUACUUAUUUUCAAAUGUAACAUAAAUGAAUAUGUGACUACCCUGUGGUAUGUACUGUCUCAGUGAUCAAAAAAAUUUAUUCAGAAAUAUUCAAGUAUUUCCUAAAUAUAUUAAUAGGAAACUCCCUAUUUAAGCUCCACAUUUAGCAGAGUGCCUUGCAAAUAGUAGGUGAUCAAAACAUAGAAUACAUACACACGUUAUUAUACUAUCCUAUAUUGUACCAUGUGGUUUUAGAAUUCUUAUUAAUGGCCUUAUAUAUGAACAAUGUCCUUUUAGUCUUUGGUUAUUAUGACUCUCAUGUGGCCUAUGUGAGGGCCAUAAUACACCUACUCUAUGCCAGAUUCAGGUCAGUUAAAUGUGUUAGCUGCAAAAGAGCUUUUUGCCAUUUGAACAUAAUUAUAUACUUAGAGUAAUCUUUGCUUGAACGUGUGACCUCCAGCAGCACCUCAGGGCAGACUGCACAUUUGCUACCUACCGGCAGAAGGGGAACCAGCAGGCAGAUGAUUGCAAGCAGCAGUCUGAGAGAAACACACUGACAGUCACAGAUGGAGAGACACUGACUUGGAGAUGUUAAAAAGCAUUAUUUCUAAUCUUUUCCUCUUGAAGAAAGACUGGGGAUCCAAUGAAAACAUAGUAAUCAAAAUGUAAAGAUUUUAUUUUGUGGCACCCUUAUAGGUUAGAGCAAAAAUAUAUAUUCAUCAAAAAAACUUAAAAGAUUUCUUUUAGUCUUUGGAAUUCUAGAAAUUACCUUUUGAUAUACAGAUACUGGCGAUGAAGUAUUAGAUAGACAACUGACUGUCAUUAGGGUUGAAAGAUUAUGGUUAGAAAAUAAAGCUCAACAAGCAAUUUUUAUUCAAAGAAAAAUUCUAGCUUCUCACCUUGUAUGUAUUAAUAUUUCUCCAUUUUAAGUAGGUACUAACCUCUCACCCGUGUUCCUGUAGCAUCAGUCCUUUGAAUCCCACCAGCCAGCACCAUGGCCACAGCAAGCUUCACUAGAUACAUCCCAAAAACUUGAGGGCACAAGCUGGCCAAUAUUUCAUUCCUUCCUAGGAAAGGCAGCAAGAUCAGAUAAUACCAACAGUUUUCAAGAAACCCCAUCUGAAAUUUCCCUUCCAACUUACUAUGAACAUACUCUGCCAUCUAAAAUGAUCCAUGAGGACCAUUUCCAAAUGCCUAAAAGGAGUGAAUAACUUUGACUUGGUUGUAAAAUGCCUUCUUUUACUAAUGCCAUGAUAUGAAAAGUCUGCUUUUCAUUCCUUGCUUUUUAUUUUCAUUGCUUAAGUUUCCAUGAAUUUAUCAUACUUUGCAAGGGACAGAAAGGAAUCUCCUUUACUCCCUUAUUAAGCCAACAUUAUCCCUUUAAAAUACGACUACACUUUCUGUGUAGUAAUUUGAGUAAAACUACUCCACUGCCUAAAUAAAAUGAAGGUACUUGAACUCAAACAAGAAGUCAGAUUGUAGGAGCCAGUAAUCUUUAAAUACAAGAAGUACCUGGGGCUCAUGGAGCUUCUGCAGAGGUGUAAGAGAAGUAAAAUCAAUCCAGCCUAGAAGUCAAUUCAGCAUUUACUCUGAAAAGUUUGGUAAAGUCUGUUUUACCUAGAAUAAGGGUAUCAGAGUAUUUAAAAGAUCAUUAUAAACUAUAAUUCUAGCAAUUCAAGCCGGAAGUCUUGGAUUCUCCUGAUCAUGUGCUUUAAAUAAAAGAAUAUCACGUUUGAGUUUCUGUUUUGAGAAAUGUCAAAACACCAAAUCUGAGAAUCUGCCUAUCCCACCUAUAAGUAAAGUAGGUAUGUUAUUUGAUGACUGGCAUAAUCAACCAGCAGGGGCUCUCAGAACCUAUGACAUCCUAACAAGCUUGUCCUCAGCUUGUCUUGUGUGGAAUUCACUACCGUGAUGGUACGCUGUAUGUCUACAGGCUGGAAACUAAUAUGUAUGUUUCAGGAUUUCCAUGUUUGUACUCCUGUUUCAGAGGUGGGUCUUCUGAUGAGGAAAAUAAUUGUGUAAGUACUCCUUUAGCUGAUUAUUCCAGUUCCAGAAGCUUUUCUGCCAAAGCAUGAAGGGAGAGGAAAGGCUUCCUCCACAAUUUAUGGCCCUAUACACAAAGGCCGCUUUUUGUAACAUAUCAAAAUUGAUCCAGUGGCAAUUAAGGUAGGGUGAUAUGACCUGGGAUGGCAGGAAUGGUGAAGAAAGAAAACCUUUUAGUAAAAUGGGGAUCAGAAAACAGAAUUAGUAAAUCCUGGAAGGGGGCUCAUUAACUGCUAGAGGGAAUUCCUCCCUUUCCUGAGGUAGAAAACCCAGAGAAAAAAGAUGAAGAAAGGUUUGAGAUCUAAGCAAACAAGACCUUACAGCAUAUAGGUAAAUUCUGACCAGAAUCUAGAGAUUACACAUACAAAGAAAGAAGGAAUAGCCCCAACAGGUAGGUUUCAGAGCAGGCAAACUGACCUGGGAGACUCCUACACCAAAACCUACAGUGCCACUUCUGAAUAAAUGUGGAUUCGGUGAUUGAUGUGCUGAUGCAAAACCUAUCCCAGUGGUGAGGAGCACAGGCUCUGGGGUCAAAUGCCUGGAUUCACAUCCCAGUGCUAUUACUUACUACCCACCUGACCUGGGCAAGUUUCUUAGCCUCUCUGCUUCUAUUCCUUAUCUGUAAAAUGGAGAUGAUAAUGGUAUCUCAUAGAAGUGUUGAGGAUCAAAGGAAUCAGUAAGUGUAUAGCACACGGAACAAACAACGCCUGACACACUUAACUGUUAAACUAUUAUAUUACCUGUAUUAUUUGUGCUUAUUUCUGAUCUCAAGAUUUCCUCACAAUGUAGUUAACACAAAAGGUAUACUAUAAAGGCAGGUCUGAAGUACCAGAGAAAAAUAAAGGGAAAGAACGAUUCCCUUAAAUUUGUUGUCUGAAGUUCCUUGAAUCAUGGCAAUAGAUGCUCCCAUGGCUGAAUCAUGGAAGAAAAUUGAUUACAGUGAAUACUACCCACAAACCUAUCUCCCUCCCAAAUUUCUGGUUCUGGACCAUGUUAAUAGUGUGUCUACAGCCAAUUACCCCACUCUUGUGGCAUGGCUCUCCAUUACCCUGAUGAAGAGAACCUCUUAGAUCUAAGAUAACGGAGUCACCUCAGCUUGGGCCCCAGAGACCCCAAUCCCUAUAUCUUGGUUUCUACCCAGCAUCUAAGCACCAGGCUCUGAGGAUCCCUGAAGUUACUAUAGACUAGAAUAAAGCCUUCAGCUCCUCCUAGACCAUACCCACAGUAUGAGGUCUUAAUGAAGCAGAUCCACCUCCGAGGGAAUCUUUGGCUUUAGACUAGCAAAAUGAAGACACCCUUCUGGAUACACUUCCCUCUCUUCAUGCCCUCAACUAGCACACAUACACUUUGAAAUGGUAAAAUACAGUGUACUGGUACUUAGGAAACUAAGCAGAAUCCAUUCAGACUAAAAAAAAAUGUUGCCUCAUUUUCUGUCUUCCGUUUCUCACAAGGUCAUUAUAUUUACUUCUUCCUCUUAUCUAGUAAAUAAAUUGUAUAUCCAUAACCUUCUGAUUAAAAUAGACUCUUUUUAAUCACCAGCACAAAUCACUUCUCAUGGUCUGGUUAUAGAGCGCGGUAUGAUGCCCUUCCUUCACUGUUACAGGAAGAGCUGAGCUGUGGCACUGCGAUUAAUAAGAAAUGACUGUGGUCCAAGAAAGAGUUACGGAUUUUUUUAAGGACCUGAUCCUAAGAAACCAUUUCAAAUUUAAAAAAUUCAUUUAAAAAUACUUGUUAUAGGGCUUGCUUCCUAAAGCCACAAUGUGGAGAAUUUAAGUUCUUUCUGUACAGAUCCAGUAAAAGAAUGAUCAGGAGCCACUACAUUACAUGCUAUAUGCAGAA